AUGCCCAAUACGCAUACUCAACAUGUGCAAAUAUCAGAGCCAAAUCCUGUAAAUACUUUGUCUACUCCAUCAAAAAGAGGUCACCGCCAUCGCAGGUCACUAGCAAUAUCAGGAGAUUUUGAUUUUUUAAACCAGCCUGCAGCAAUUGUGAAUUUGCCACCUCCACAAGCAGCUGAAAAUUGUCCUGCAACUGCCCCAACUUUCGUAUCAAACACGCUAUCGCCAAUACGCUAUAAUAAAUUUCCUUGCAAAACCAAUGAAGACGCUGGAACGUUAGAUUUGCCUGAACCAAGAUUUUAUCCGUUAUCGCCAAAGAACAACUUGCAAACACCGAGUCCUCGAUUUUUCAUUAGUGAAGAGCCAAGUUUCUCAUCGCCAGUUAAAGGAGUCCCUGAUGCCAUUAUCAACCUUGACGAUGCGUUGAAGACAAAACCCAGGUCAUUCAAGUCACAUAGAAGGUCUGAAUCCGCACCUCCCGACUUAGAGGUUAUGGUUGGUAAAGGCGACUGUACAGCUAGUUCCAACUCUAUGAUUAAAGAAGAAGAGGACUCUUUAAUUGAAUCAGAAACAAAAAAUGAACCGUACCAGCAAGAACUUCCGACAGCUCUAUUAUCCCCACUGCGGCCCUCCCUUUGUGUAUCUGAACAGGCCAUUGAUGUAGAUGACUCAGUCCUUAAUGGGUCUCCGACCCAUCACAAUCAUGGAAUGCAAAACCCUAAUGCGCGGAAUUCCAACACAUUCAAUUCGUUGAAGAUCAAAGGCCAAAAGCAAAGGUAUUACCACUAUACAAAGCAGUUACCUUUGACCGCGGGCUGUGACUCACAAUCUCCAAAAGAACAAAAGUCGGCCGCCCCAGCGACAAUUAAUCAGGCAAUGACACCUUCUUCUCUGGCCUAUACCCCUUCAAAACUAGCGUCUACACCGGCAACACCAGUAUCGUAUUACGAUAGCAAUGCGGGCAUUAACUUGGAAGAUGAUAACUAUCCACUAAAAGAUACCCCUAGAUAUGCCAAGGACAAUUUUCCAAAAAAGUGUGGUAAUUCACAGCUUAAUCGUGUGUUGGAUACUGAUAAAAGACACGAUUUUAGCGGAGAAGCGAGAAGAAGAAGAUCGGGCAGUCCUAUCUCUCACAUGCAACACCGCAACUUGAUUGAUAAUAUGAAGGGUAGACGGAACAGUAACACGAUAAACUCGAUUUUCAAUUACAAGAGUCAACAUUAUGAAAUGCCUUACGAUGAUAUGAUGAAAAACGAAAACAAUAAUGCACAGUCCAUGCCCUUUUCAAUCAACGGUGCUGACAAUGAAAGUAGUAUCGGAGGAGUUACCUUGAAAGAGGAUCACGCACCCUUUCAACACUCUCCUGUCAAAUCCUGCACGCCUGACGGUAAAGAAGGAAUCAAUAGACUCAAAAGUAAUGACAGUAAUGAAUAUUCCACAUUUGAAGGACAGAUCAGAACCGAUUCGCAACUAAGUAAGGACAUUCUCAUGGGUGAACCAGGUGACAUGGUUGAUCUGUCUUCUUUUGUCACCACACUGAGGAAGGCCUCAAAUGAAACUGGCGACUUGGCCUUUAAUUUAUCCCAGGAUGAUAAGAAUGAUACCAAUAAUGCACCGAAAGCCAUCCAUACAAACAACAGCGCGGCAGAAAGUAAUGAAAGCUGGUGUAUUAGCGACAGUGCGUUGGGAAAGCAAGCGCAGGAUGGGGAAGUUAGAAGGAAAAGAAAAUCCAAAUUAGGACUCUUUAGACAUAUUUUUUCAAGAAAGUAA